GGGUGUCAUAGGCCUAUAAAAAGGUCAUUGUAAGUGUAACAUAUUAUAAGACUAUCCAAAGGAAAAACACAAUGAAGGUAUUAGUUAGCAGAACAACGAAGAAACCCUUCAGAGAGCAGAAGAGGAAAAACAAGGCCUACUCCACCUUCAUCUACAAGAUCCGGAGAGAGGGUGACUUCAUCCCCAUCAUGGACCGUUUAUUGGUGAACGAGUCUACCUGCCCGCGGAGGGUGCUGGUCCGUUUGGUCGGCUCCGAGGCCGCCCGCCUGUCACGGCUCAACAGGAGGAAAGUCAUCACCCAACUAGAAGUCCACACUGCCAUGGCACGGUUGAGACAAGGGAGAAAACAUGCCAGGCAAACGGGCGCCUGAAUGCUCUUAUGAACGCUUUUAAUUUUAUGUAUAUUUAAUAAAGAUGUCUUGUUUUUACUCAUCGUGUUGUCAUUCCAACAAAUCAAUGCACCACUAAAUGUUCAUAACAAGUUGCGCACCUGAAGGCUGUAUAAUUGAAUGUUAAAGCGGUAUGCUCUCGCCUCUAACCGCGGUCCAAUUACUUCGAGGGGCGGGGAAAGGCAUUGCCAUAAUUGAUGCAUUUGCUUGUCUUGUCAGGGGCGCAGAUGUGCGCCAAACUCAGUCAACCAUAGCCGAACUCCGGCGCGUGGGGAAAGCGGAAAUCAAAUGGACCCUUAUGUUCCGCGCUGUGCGUGACGCCCACUCAAAACACGCGUGUUGCUUACGGAAGCAGAAGCGUACAAGACUCACAUUUUGGCGUAGACUCUGCUGCGGCACAACCAAACAUCUUUAUCAACCCAACCGGUGUUCAGGAGGAACAGGCGUGUUCCUUAGAUGAGCUGGGUAGUCUUGGACUUGUCGCAGGUCACUGGCAGCAGAGAACUGGAAGGAAAGGCGGCCAAAGGAGCUGUUGGCUUUGGGGAUGACCAGUGAGAUAUACGAGGCGACUGUAGUGACUGCUGGACGCCUGUAGUGACUAGCAUUAUGGGAUGUGGCACCUCCGUCACCACCGACAACAAGAGGAGACUGACGACAGACCAGAUGGCCAAGAAAACUCCCAGCCCUGCACUGGCUAUGAAGGCAGCCAUCCUGAUCCAGCGUUGGUACAGACGUUACAUCGCCAGGUUAGAGAUGAGACAGCGAUACACCUGGAACAUCUUCCAGUCUAUAGAGUAUGCUGGGGAGCAGGACCAGCUACAGCUCUCCAGUUUCUUCAGUUUCAUGCUGGACAACUUCACUCAACUCAACGGGAAUGGCCCAGAUCUGAUCUCCCACCUGCUGGACCCAGUGGUUGACCCGUGGUCAGACAGAGAGAGACAGAACAUGUAUGAACAGAUCACUGUUCCUGAGUCCUACAGCGGUCCUCACCUCACCUUCCCCCUCACCGUCUCUCACACCAACGCCCUGCUCUCUGCAUUCAAAGAACAACAGCCUCUCCAUGGCAGAUACAUGCUGCAGUUGUUACACCAGACUAAGAAGCUCCUGAAACAGAUGCCAAACGUCAUUCACCUGUCCACACCCUACGCCAAGGAGAUCACAAUAUGUGGUAACUAUGUUGUCCAAUAUUGUGUUCAGUACUGCUAACUAUGUUGUCCAAUAUUGUGUUCAGUACUGCUAACUAUGUUGUCCAAUAUUGUGUUCAGUACUGCUAACUAUGUUGUCCAAUAUUGUGUUCAGUACUGCUAACUAUGUUGUCCAAUAUUGUGUUCAGUACUGCUAACUAUGUUGUCCAAUAUUGUGUUCAGUACUGCUAACUAUGUUGUCCAAUAUUGUGUUCAGUACUGCUAACUAUGUUGUCCAAUAUUGUGUUCAGUACUGCUAACUAUGUUGUCCAAUAUUGUGUUCAGUACUGCUAACUAUG